AUGGCCACCCCAGAGUCCAAAGCUAAGAGGCAACGCAAGCGCAGCGACUAUGGCUUCCACCAAGUACACCAGACCCGAUGGUUUGACAACGAUAUGUACGCGCAUCUCAAUAACGCAGUGUACACGCACCUCUUCGACACAAUCGCGAACACGUACCUAAUCCAACACUGCGGUAUGGACCCCUUCAGCGUGAACAACCCAACCCCAGCGCCGACUCACGGGCAGCCCUCCAACUUCCCCUCCCCGUCGAACCUAGCAGCCGGUGCCGACCAAAUAGGUCUGAUUGUUUCAACACACGCCGAUUUCUUUGCCUCGGUGCGCUUCCCGGAUCUGUUAGAGGUUGGGCUGCGCGUUAAUAGGCUGAGCAAGUCCAGCGUUACCUGGGAAGUGGGUAUUUUCCGUAAGGGUGAGGAGGAUGUUAAGAUGGUUGGGACUUAUACGCAUGUUUUUGUGUUGAGGGAGACUAUGCGGGUUGGGAAGACGGGUAUGGAGGAGCGGACGAGGCAGGGCUUGCAGAAGUUGCUUGUUAAAGCCGAGGCGAAAUUGUGA